UUACCGCGUGGUAAGCGACAACAUGUGUUGUUUUAGUGAUGGCAUCAGCCGAAAUAGUCAUAACAACCAAUUAUGAUCAACACUGAUAAUUACACAAAUGCUGAGAGUAAUUAAUACAUAAUUCAAAUUAAAAUGUCUUUAACACGAACUAUAUUCACAUCUUUCAGAAGGAAACAGUUUUGUUCAGCGUGUAGAUUAUCAUUGUUGCAUUAUGACCGGGCGCCUCUUUAUACAAACCAAGUGAAAUGUUCAAGUCCGAGGACCAGGACGAUAUUUACUCGACCUCAACAUUCACAACUAUCAACUACUCUCAAUGGAGCCGAACCCAAAGACUGGAUGUCUUCAGCUUUGCCGAUGCGAUACGUAUUUGUUACAACAUCGGAAGCUAUUUGGGAAGAUGUACCGGAUGGAUUUGUUUUUGAUACUGGCUAUGUGGAUUCCCAUGCUGGUUCUCAUUACGACCCUAAACUUCCUUUGAUUCUUGCUGUCCAUAACCUCAUGUCCAGCCACGAAGAUCUUAUUCCACUCUUGGCACCAUUAGUCUUGAAAAAUUACCGAGUUAUUGCAGUGAAUCUUCCAAGUUCCGUCUAUACAAAAGGUGUUGGUUUAGGCCAUGAUGAUGGUUUCCAACACUCCACUACUGAGAAUGCAGAAUUUAUUUUUGAUUUUCUAAAAGAGCUGAAAAUUCCAAGGGUCGAUGUAUUACUUGGCCAUGGCACUGGAUGUUACCCUGUUGUUCGCUUAUGUGCGGAACGUGAUCUGUUUAAAUCUGCAGCAUUAAUUUCUCCUGCAGGUCACGUACCAUGCCCAGGAGUCCAACCUCACUCACGCUACAAGUUAUUCACAGAAGUAUGGGAUGUACCCUACCUUCGAGCUUUUAUAAAAGUUUUUGUCUAUCUAUGGAAACUCAAGAAUGGUUACAAGGAAUAUCCAACAGAAAGCGUUAUAAGGGGUUUCUUCACAAUCAGUGGUAUAGACUUCGAUAGUAUUGGUGGAUAUUUGUUAAGUAUGAAAUCUAAGGAAGUGCCUGUCGGUGUACUUUACUGUAAAGAUGACAAAUUUACUGACACAGAAAUAUUAGAACAUUAUUGCAAGUUACUUGGUUUUAAAGAUCAUCAUUUUGUGCAUUAUGAUGGCAGUGGCCAGAUAACAAAACAAGCUGAAACUACCAAAGGAUCAUUACACCAUGGACUUAUACUGGAACACGGAAAUCCAUUUCAAGUCCUGAAGAACCCACUUUUGAAUUUAGUAGAGAAACUUGUUAAUCAAUCAAAACAAGUUCGAUAAAAUAAUAUAUAUAUAUAUAUAUAUAUACACUUCCAUUAUAAGACUUGUUUGUAUCGAAUAACAUUUCAUAGAAAAUGGCCUGCUGAAUAUUUCUUGUUUUUACAGCAUUUAACCAAAAUGUCACUGUUGCGGUGAGAUUAAAAUGUUGGACAUGGCAAUUUGCUGACUGGGUUCAUUCCAACAAGGUUCUUCAGUAUCACCAGAAUUUAUGUAAACCAAAAUUUGCAAACAAAAUACUAGCAUUCUAUACCAUAAGGUCUUGAGUUCAUAAACCUUGACAGAAGAGUUAUUGAAUCAAAUGUGGAAGCUUAUCUAGGUGGUUGCUCAAUCAGCUAGAAACAGCAGUUGAAUUCAACUCUCAUCCUACCGUCGUACAAAAGGAAAGACACAACCAACAAAUAUUAUUUUAAAUCCAUAAAAGGACAAGAUAGUCACUGCUGAAACCACUCUGAUUAUAGGUCUUUUUAGCCAGAGCUGAUCUUGCGGGGUUAAUAACAGCAAUAACGAAUACUGAGUAUUGUAUCCACUCCUUAUCCACAAAGUUCAGCUUUAUUGAAAAAUAGGUUAUCCUCAACCUAUUGUAUGUAUGGUUAUUGAUUAAAAGGUUGAAUAAGGGAAAUCUGUGUAAACAAGACAUGCAAAUCCCCACAAAAUAAAAUGAAAAUAGAUGUGUUCAUCGUGUGAAUGCUAGCAUUGAAAAGUGACUAUUAACCCUUUUGAUACCAACCUGCCUGAAUUAUACAAACUUCCUGUCUUAUGCGAUCUAAAUGAAAACCUUCCUUCAAAAUUUCAUGUUAAUAACACCAGUUUAUUAAUGGUAAUUACUUUUACUGUACUAAAAUCUUCAUUAUUUUCUAAGUCAGUUGAAAUAAAGGCAGUAUAUUUCAUCAGUCACAUGUCAACAAAAGGGUUAAACUAUAAAAUUUGAAACAAUAUGUAAAGGAACAUAAAUCUAUUCAACUCAUUUUGCCAGUUUGACAAGUGGUUCAACAUCUAUAUCACUGUUGAAGGGGUUAUAAAUUAAAAAAAAAAUGUACAUUCUAUUAUAGAACAAGGUUUCAAUAAAAUUCCUCAAUUUUUUGAGGUGUCAUUGUGAUAU